AUUAAAAAAAAAUAUUAGAUUUUUUAAUGAGAGACAAAUUAAUUGCAAAUUUGUUUAUAAUUGUUCUGUAAUUUAGAUUAAAUUCGUUUCACGCGUCGAAAUCGAUGCAGAUUUGGUAAUGGGUAGAUGGCACACAACUGAGAAUUGUUCCUGAUGAAGAAUGUAAUCUGGCUAAUAUAAACCAUUUACCAAAGUUAAUUUCUUUCUUAAUUUUGUUGUUAAUCGAAGAUUAAUAAGAUCAUUGUUGAAGAGAGAGAAGUAAGAGGCAGACGAAGAAGAAGAAGCACACCCGAAAGCUCCUGCAUUGCUUCAGAGAGAGAGAGGGGGGAGGAGAGAGAAAUCGGGCAGAAGCUUGUCUCUCUCUAAAACCCUAUUCUUUGUCCAUCAUUGGGGGGUUUUCUGAGAAUAGCCGAGAAGAAAGAAGAAGACUUGAGGGAGAAGGAGAGAGAAAGUCGCUUCUUUUCCGUCUUCUGCUUUGAGUGGAGCUUUCUGGUGCUUGAUCUGACAUUGUUGACCAGCUCUAGGCUCGGAAUCAGCUUCUUGCUGAAUUGGGUUCCUGUUACUUCGUCCAAUCAUAUUACGAAACAGAGGCUGUGAUUCCGGGUUUUGCUCAAUCCGACAAUUGGUGGGCAUAGGAGUUUUGAAGCAUUGAUUGACUAUCCUUGGUGAAAGGGUAGACCUUGUAGUGGCUGAUGGUUACAGUAUAGAUCCUGUUGAAGGGCACAAUCGGUUUUCUGUUUCUGUUCGUGGUGCAUUGCUCUUGAGUUGAAGUUCAAAGAAAUGGCACGAGGUAGGAGGAGAUCGAAGCUACGUCUAAGCCAUCUUUACACUUUCGGAUGCCUUAGACCGAGUGCCGUUGAGGGUGAAGAACCUCAUCCUAUCCACGGCCCGGGAUUCAGCCGGAUUGUGCAUUGUAAUCAGCCUCAUAUGCACAAGAAGAAACCUUUAAGAUACCGUUCUAAUUAUGUCUCCACGACGAGGUACAACCUAAUCACUUUCUUUCCUAAGUGCCUUUACGAGCAAUUCCACCGUGCUGCCAAUUUCUAUUUUCUGGUAGCUGCGAUUCUCUCGGUGUUUCCUCUCUCGCCGUUCAACAAAUGGAGCAUGAUUGCCCCUUUAGUCUUUGUUGUCGGGCUUAGUAUGUUAAAGGAGGCUUUGGAAGAUUGGCGUAGGUUUAUGCAAGAUGUGAAGAUAAAUGCCCGGAAAGCUUAUGUUCGUAAAGGUGAUGGUGUUUUUCGUCGUAGAACGUGGAAGAAGAUUAAGGUUGGUGACAUUGUGAAAGUGAAGAAAGAUGACUUUUUCCCCGCCGAUUUACUUUUGUUGUCCUCGAGUUAUGAGGACGGGAUUUGCUACGUAGAGACUAUGAACUUAGAUGGCGAGACAAACUUGAAAGUGAAAAGGUCAUUGGAAGUGACAUUGCCUACGGAUGACGAUGAAUCCUUUGAGAAUUUCAGAGCAACGAUUAGAUGUGAGGAUCCAAACCCGAGUCUUUACACCUUUGUCGGUAACCUGGAAUAUGAGCGGCAAAUCUUUCCUUUGGAUCCGAGUCAGAUUCUUUUAAGAGAUUCAAAGCUUAGGAAUACAGCCUAUGUUUAUGGAGUGGUGGUAUUCACGGGUCAUGAUACUAAAGUCAUGCAGAAUUCGACAAGCUCACCUUCGAAAAGGAGUAGAAUUGAGAGGACAAUGGACUAUAUCAUCUACACUCUUCUUGUCCUACUCAUUCUAAUCUCGUGUGUCAGUUCAACCGGAUUUGCUUGGGAGACAAAGUUUCACAUGUCGAACUGGUGGUACUUACGACCCGAUGAGCCCGAGAACUUAACCAAUCCAAGCAAUCCCAUUUAUGCCGGGGUUGUCCAUCUCAUCACUGCUUUAUUGCUUUACGGAUAUUUGAUACCCAUCUCUCUCUACGUUUCGAUCGAGGUCGUAAAGGUCUUGCAAGCAACUUUCAUCAAUCAAGACUUGCACAUGUAUGAUCAUGAAAGCGGGGUCCCAGCACAAGCACGGACAUCGAAUUUGAAUGAAGAGCUAGGACAGGUUCACACUAUCCUUUCUGACAAGACAGGAACUUUGACAUGUAACCAGAUGGACUUUCUCAAGUGCUCAAUUGCGGGUACUUCUUAUGGCGUACGUUCCAGUGAAGUUGAGCUUGCUGCUGCAAAGCAGAUGGCUUUUGACGUCGAAGAACAUGGUGGAGAAAUGUCUACUACUCCAAGGGCUCAACCUAAAGCUUAUGGUUCAUGGGAUAAUAACCGAAGUAGGCAAGAGAUUGAGUUGGAGAGUUGCGUAAAUCACGAAGGCGAGAAUAAUCCAAGAACUCCCAUAAAGGGGUUUAGUUUCGAGGAUAUCAGACUCAUGAACGGGAAUUGGUUGAGUGAACCACAUGCAAAUGACAUUUUGAUGUUCUUUCGUAUAUUAUCUAUUUGUCAUACAGCCAUUCCCGAGUUGAACGAGACGACUGGCAAGUAUACCUAUGAAGCAGAAUCGCCUGAUGAAGCUGCUUUUCUUGUUGCUGCAAGAGAGUUUGGUUUCGAGUUCUUCAAAAGAACCCAAUCGAGCGUUUUUGUUCACGAAAGGUACUCUUCUUCGGGCCGAACAAUUGAAAGGGAGUAUAAAGUUUUGAAUUUGUUGGACUUCACCAGCAAAAGAAAGCGAAUGUCAGUGGUUGUACGAGACGAGGAAGGGCAGAUUCUUCUGCUAUGCAAAGGAGCUGACAGCAUCAUCUUUGAACGGUUAGCGAAAAAUGGACGGACAUACUUGACACCUACUACAAGACAUUUAAAUGAAUAUGGAGAAGCUGGGCUACGUACACUAGCACUUGCUUACAGAAAGCUUGAUGAGGAUGAAUAUUCAGCUUGGAACGCCGAGUUUCUUAAAGCCAAAACCUCGAUAGGUUCUGAUAGAGACGCCCUGCUUGAGAGGGUAUCAGAUAUAAUCGAAAGAGACCUAAUCCUUGUUGGUGCUACUGCUGUGGAGGACAAACUGCAGAAAGGAGUUCCACAAUGCAUAGAUAAACUUGCCCAAGCUGGCCUCAAGUUAUGGGUUUUAACUGGGGACAAGAUGGAAACUGCAAUCAACAUCGGAUUCGCUUGUAGUUUACUUCGACAAGGCAUGAAACAAAUCUGCAUUACAACCAUGAUUUCAGAUGGAGGCUCCCAAGACUCCAACGGGGGCAUUAAGGAGAAUAUCUUGAAUCAAAUCACUAAUGCUCUACAAAUGGUCAAGCUGGAGAAGGAUCCACAUGCCGCUUUUGCUUUAAUCAUUGACGGGAAAACUCUAACUUAUGCGCUGGAGGAUGAUAUGAAGUAUCAGUUCCUGGCAUUGGCAGUCGAUUGUGCAUCAGUCAUUUGCUGUCGUGUCUCUCCCAAGCAGAAGGCUUUGGUAACAAGGUUGGUAAAAGAGGGAACUCGAAAAACGACAUUGGCAAUCGGUGAUGGUGCAAAUGAUGUGGGAAUGAUUCAGGAAGCUGAUAUCGGUGUAGGCAUUAGUGGGGUGGAAGGUAUGCAGGCUGUUAUGGCUAGUGAUUUUGCUAUUGCACAGUUCCGGUUUUUGGAAAGGCUUCUCGUCGUCCAUGGACACUGGUGCUACAAAAGAAUAGCUCAAAUGAUUUGUUACUUCUUCUACAAAAACAUUGCCUUUGGUCUCACUCUCUUCUACUUCGAGGCGUUUACCGGGUUUUCUGGCCAGUCAGUAUAUAAUGACUACUACCUGUUACUCUUCAAUGUUGUCCUUACCUCGUUGCCAGUGAUUGCAUUAGGAGUCUUCGAACAGGACGUUUCCUCUGAGAUCUGCUUGCAGUUCCCGGCAUUAUACCAACAAGGAUCAAAAAACUUGUUCUUUGACUGGUAUAGGAUACUUGGGUGGAUGGGCAAUGGUGUUUACUCCUCUCUUGUCAUAUUCUUCCUCAACAUCGGAAUUAUAUAUGAACAAGCUUUCAGAACUGGUGGCCAGACAGCUGACAUGGAUGCCGUUGGCUCAACCAUGUUUACUUGCAUUAUCUGGGCAGUGAACGUUCAGAUCGCUCUAACGAUGAGCCACUUCGCUUGGAUCCAACAUGUCCUGAUCUGGGGAAGCAUCGGUUUAUGGUAUCUGUUCCUCGCACUAUACGGGAUGAUGCCCCCGAGUCUUUCUGGAAACAUCUACAGAAUUCUUGAUGAGGUUCUUGCGCCUGCGCCCAUAUAUUGGGCAGCCACAUUGUUGGUCACAGUGGCCACUGUUCUUCCCUACUUCACUCACAUAUCUUUCCAGAGAUCCUUGAAUCCACUGGAUCAUCAUAUCAUUCAAGAGAUCAAAUACUACAAGAGAGACGUCGAGGAUACAAUAAUGUGGACCCGAGAGCGUACAAAAGCACGGGAGAGGACUAAGAUUGGGUUCACGGCCAGGGUUGAUGCUAAAAUCAGGCAUUUAAAAUCAAAGCUUAAUAAGAAACAAUCGAAUAUGUCUCAGUUUUCAACUCAAGACACAAUGUCCCCAAGAUCAUUAUAGAUUUCUGAUAUUCGGGUUUCUUUAGAAAUCUCUCUUAGGGUAUUCUUUCAAAACUUUCAGUAUGCAGAAGCUGGGCAUUCUCCAGGUUCAUCCUCUAGUAAUGGUGGAUUGAUCGAGCUAUUCUCUGGUUUUUGAUACAGAUGUUCACCAGAGACAGAUGUUGAUGCUGUUGUGUGUUAAAAGGAAAAAAGAAAAGGGGUUUGAGCGAGUUGCAGUGAGAGCGUGUAAGAGAGUAGGUGAUGGUUUUUCGUCUCCCUUGGGUUCUCUUGUUGUUGAGAGGCUUUCUUACAAGACUUGAAUCAGAAACAGACUAUACAUAGGUCCUUGUGUAUAGUUUUAGGACAGAAUGCAAGUAUGCAACAUAACAGUAUCCCAUCAACAUCUUGUCUUACUUUGUUUUGGCCAACAACCUUUUCAAAUCAUUUCAUGAUUCUCUGACACUGACAUCAAGCAAGAUGCUGUCUUUAGGUUUUACCAUGGCCAUAUAUAUUCAUUUGCCAUCUGAAGUGUUGCUGUUGCAUAUCCGCAUACUGUAGCUUCUUCUGUGCUUUUGUAAUGUUCACUGCUUGUCCUUUUCUUUAUGAGAAGAAAGGGUUACAAAGAACCAAACCUGGCUUGUGGAACUGAGUAUAGUGUUGUGUCAGAAUUAGGUUAAUCUUCUUCUGAUGCAAGAUCUCUUAGCUUAUCCAGCAAUGGCGACAGGCCAGAGGCGAGAUCGGGUCUGUCCUUUUUCCUCGGCUCACAACACUGCAAAGCCGGUUUAGCCAAUGCCAAGGUUUCUUCCAAUGGCCAAUCUUCUACAUUUGGAUCAUAUAUGUGUGUGUACAUAUAUAUAUAUAUAUCAUUAUAUUGA